GUGAAGACGUUUGUUGUGAGAUUUGUUUCCUAUUAUUUCGCCUUCCGUCGUUUAAUUAAUUCUGUGUGAUGUAAAAUAAAUAGAUAGGAAACAAAUCUUUUUUACUUUACCAAAAGUAGCGCUCGAGAUUUUUUUCUAAGUGUCUAGAUGUAGUUUUAGUAGAAUGUUUUUCGAGCGUAUAUUGUUGUCUGUGUUCUGCCUUGGAAUAAAAGCCUUCCCCCUGGCCUCAGCCGAGGAGGUGGAGAUCAGGGAUGUAGCUGCAGACAAGGGUACUAAUGUGACCAUACCUUGUGGCAGUCUGGACAUUGUACCACUGCCCAAUGUGCAGUGGGUGCACCGGGGCAACCGGACACACCAUGAAGUUUUGACCGACGGAAGUUUACUUCUUACAAACAUAGGCGUAGAUGAUGCGGGCCUGUACGAGUGUUCAGUGGAAAACGAGACGGCGUACGUCGACAGAGUCAACAUUACUGUGCGGACGGAGCCGCCACCGCUGGUGAAUGUGACAGUCCACGCGUCCACGAUCCUGGCGCUGAUCCUGUGGAACGUGGCCGGCGAUGGCGGCCAUCCUAUCAUAGACUUCACCGCACAGUAUCGCUCGGCUGCACCUGUUAACGGCAGCUUGGAGCCCUGGAGACCAAUCAGUCCCAACCACAUCAGUCCUAAUUCGCGCCAAGUAGACGUGUAUCACCUAGAUACGAACGCUUCGUACUGGUUCCGAGUGUGGGCCACCAAUGCUCUGGGGCCUGGCCCUCCGGUAGAGGUGCUUGCUACCACGCUGUACAGCGACCAGGAGGCUGAGCUGUACAAGCACUUCUUCAGCGGCGCCGAACAGUUCGACACGCGCACGUGGGUGGCGGCCGUGUGCGUGGUGAUGGGCACUCUGCUGGUGCUGGCGGCCGGCACGUGCGCCGUGCUGUGCCGCGAGUGGCGCCGACACGACUACUCCGACGAGCCCGACGUCAUGGAGCUGGUGCCCAACAUCAUCCUCAACCCUGGCUUCAUGGAGAUGGAGCCGCUGGGCCGCUCGUCACACAUCCGCGCGACCGGGUGUGUGGGGCCCGGGAAGCCGAGGCGCGUUUGAUUUUCGUCAAUACUUAACCUUAGGAUAUUCUAUCGCACCGACUCCGGCCUAUUGUCAUGAUCGUGGCCUCAUGACGGAACUGUGGUGGUCGAUAAAAGCGUUCGCGUUUGGACCAUUACCAAUUCUGAGAUGUGAAUACAAUACUGUAUGACCACUGUAGAGUGGCAGCUACUUUGUCAUAAAGUCAUUUGCAAUAUUAGAACAGUGAUCAAGCAUUCCAUGAUAGACUUUAGAAUGUCUAUGGAAAACUAGUAGAGUUAUAAAAGUAUGCCUCAUCGAAUGAAUUGGUAAACUACGCGCGUGCAAGUUCAACUAACUGCUUAGAAAACGCUUUCAUUCCAUCACAGGGUCUGUAACGCCAAAAUGUAUAUUUUGGAAGGAAAGGAGUCCGUUUUUGUGUCGCUUAACUUACCCCAGUGAUCAAAUAAUUCAACAUGUGUGUUCAAAAAAUCUGACAUACACCAGUGCAAUAAUGUCUAGUCAUUUGCGAUAUCAUGUCAUUUAAAAUGAGCGGAAACCAAAGAAAAUAAUAUUUUAAGCGAUUAUUAAAAACGACUCCAAAACGUAGGAUAAAGAUGGACAUAUCAAAUGCAUGAAUUUCGUUUCGUUAGCCGAUCGGAGCGAUAGGGUAGCCGGGUUAAUGUGCGCUCGAGUUUCUCACAAGUUGUGGCUAAGUAUACCUAUAUCCCUUGUAUAAUGCCCGUAGAUUCUAAUGUAUAUUUGUAAAUCUGCAUGUCAAUUAUAAAUGUAUAAAACCUCCGUGUACGUGUGACAGCUGUCAAACGCCAGUGGCGAGCUGUCAAAAUGGAAUGACAGUAUUUUAUCAUUCGCAGUAGAUUGUUUUAAUCUGUGAAAUGUAGUUUGAAUAGUAGUUCAACUUAUGAGAAACAGAGUCGCGUUUAAAGCAAAUAAUAAGCUUUUAACUAAUCACUGAGAGAGAUCAUUCUAGUUUUGUAAGCGUUUCGUGUUUAACCGUAGUGGUGGUUGCCGUAUACAAAAUAAGAAUUUGUAGUGUUCGCUAUAUAAUAUUGUACACAUUUGUUUCUAAGAACUGAUGCUUGCAUUUACUUUUUAUACAUUUACACAUAAUCGCCGUAAGUCUGACACGGACGCUUUAUUUUGUAAUUGUAUCUUAUGAGGGUGGUAACAUUUAACCGCGUAGUUCUAAUAAUUCAAAUAUAAUAAUACUCCAGAAAAAAUUGAAUCUCAUAAAAGUAUAUCAAUAAAUAUCGUUACUUCUCUCUUCAGCAGCUGUGUGCUACCAUUCUUAUAAAAUAUUCUCCUUUCUGGCAACCCCAAAAUCUGAUUAAAACUUUUUUAGAAAACAUAUUGCUUAACGUUCAAUAUUGUUAAUGUUGCUAGCUAUAGUGAUAGUAUAUUUUUAAUUAUAUAUAUUUUGCUAUAUUUUAGAUGAUAUUUUUAUAACGGGGAUCUCAUGUAUUUAAGACACUUAACAAUUUAAUAUAGAAAAAUGUCGGUUUAUUUUCAAAUUUUUGUGAUUUUAAACGCUGUGAUUAUUAUGUUUUUCUUAUAAUUGGUUGGUUUUUGUAAUUAAGAUAAUGGAUAAGUGUAUAUAUUUUGAUAUAUAUCGUAUGGAGACUGGUGCAAUGGUAUUGAGUAAUAUAGUUAGUAUAAUGUAGUGGCGUAACGUAAGCUUAUCGUGAGCUCGCCGUAGCGUAGCGACAGACACUGCUUUAUUGAAGGUUAUAUAAUAAAUGACAAUAUGGUAGUGGUUGUAUAUUAUCUGUGUUAUAUCCUGCGACACUUGAAGGCAAUGAUGCGAAAGACUGUUCCGCUUUGUGAGUAUAAACGGCAUCCUCUUAGCUGUCAGUUUGGCGUUUGGUGUUUGACAGCUGUCAAAAUUGGCGGUUGUUUUAUAUUCAAACGUAGAUUGAAAUCAGCGAAGAUGUCGAUUGUUCUCACAUAGAGGAAUUACAAACUGUCGUGAUGAACAAAUAAAUAAAAUUUACGUAAGAUCUUCACGUGCUCUCGCGACAGAAUAUAAAAUAAGUUGAUAUAUAACAUUGUUGUGUAAGUGUAGAGCUGUUUAUUUUUGUAUACGGCCUGUAUACAUAUCAGGGAGCCUUAGGAUGUACAGAGAUAUACAUAUUAUUAUAUAUUACGGUUUUUAACUUCCUUCCAAUCUGUGUACUUGCACGCUUAGACGCAGUUGAACCUCUUUUCGCUAAAUAUGUAAACUACCUAACUUAAAAUCGAUAAAAUACGUAGUAGAUAAAAUUGGUAUUAACAAAAAAUACGUAAGUAAACUUUAAAAUGUAUAAUCUUAAUGCAUAAAAUAAUAAAAAAGAAUUUUUAAACUUAACCAAUAUAAAUGUUGAGGUAUAUUCUAGAUAUAUUCCACUGCCAAGAAUUCUCCCUUAAAUUAAUUAAAUCCUAAGCGUGCAAGUAAUUUUCCUUUCUUCUAAGCUCAUUGCCUUUCUGUGUUCUCACUACCUUCCAUAACUGUUCUUGCACUCAAAUACAUAAAGAAUAUAUUAUAUAAUAACGAAAUAAUAGUAAAAAAUCUAUAUCGAAAGAAUAACUUAAGAAUGUUUGGAGAGAUUUCAGUAUAAACCUUUUUUUUAUAUAAGAUAUGUAUAUUUCGCAAUCAUCGUAUUAUGUUAUAUAUAAUUUUGUUAUUUAUUGUAUAUGUUAUUUUGUUUAUGUUGAGGUUGAUACUGAAAUCCCUUCAAUAACUAUUUAACGGAUAUUCCUACCGCGUUGUGCUCGCUUCAUAAACGAAUAGUGUUUAAGGAUUGGGGGCUCCGCAAUCACUACAUAUUUUUAGAAAGAAAAUAAUGUAUAUGGUUUUAGAGAGUGAUAAUCCCCGAAAAUAAAUCUUGAGUUCACUUUGAAUUCGAUUAUCUUAGGGCUCCCACACAAAACUGCGAUGCAGACUUCAGAAAAGUUUCGCUAAGUAGACAAUAGACAUCUUGGAAUCUUGGCUAACCACGCUGGUUAUAGUAGCAUCUUAGGUAUUAUUCUUUAAUGCAGCCUAUUUAUGUAGUCUCAAUGUGUGGGUUCGGAGCCCCAACAGUCGACUAUGUCCGUCUUGCGUAUCAAUGUGCUAUCGUGUCAAUUACGUGUAACUUGCAUCCGUUUGUGUUCGUCGUGUCUCGUGCUUGCACCCUCACACUUUAUUCUUAAAAAAUGUGCUCGUGCGACUGCGUUUGUAGUUCAAUCUACGGGUUCUUUUGUGUAACGCGUUUUCCAUACUUAAGUAUGUAAAAUGUAUAAAUAAUCUCUUUAUAAAUAUAGAUUAGUUUUAAAAUAAUUCAAUAUACUUGGCUUAUGUACGCCAAUUUUAUUGUUUUUCCAGGCUAAUCCAAUACCUAGAAUUAUUUUAUUUGACCACAGAGUUAAUCAUGAAUUAAUAAACAAACAUAUUAAAAAAUACCCCACAAAAUGCCUAAUAUUAAAUAUAAACUGUUUUAUCUUUGACCUAUUAGCUAGAACCACAAACCGCAGUUGUGACGAGUAUGCACCAUUCUACCUACCCAGCUCUUCCUUUCAAAGUAUAUUUAUUAACAAAUUCAUAUUUUUGUAUCGAAAAUUAAUUAUUUACAAUCGUAAAAUUGUGUUGUGAGUCAAAACGCAAGAAAUUUUAAUACGUACCUAAAUGUAACAUUGAUAUUGUCUUUCCUAGACCCGUCCUUUUGAGCAUAAAAUUUAAGAGAAAGCGCACAUUACCGAUUUGUCUUAAUAUUCUAACAAUAUUCGAAAACACCUUCAACUGGACAUUUAAAGAAAAGAAAAAAGUCUCUGUUCCUUUUUUUAAGUCGGUAAAAAAUUUAUAUAUUUUUUUUUAGGUAAUGUGUGCUCUAUCUCAUCUAAAUGUUAAUCUUUCUCUUCUACUUGAAUCUCAGUGUAUUCGCCAAUACAAUGACCAGAAUGUGUAACUACAUAGCAGCUUGUAGUUCAACGUUGUCUUUUAGAUAAACUGCAAACUGGUCUGUUUU